AUGGUGUUUAGCCACAAAGCAUGCGCAAUCAAGCUCAAAGAACCCCUUAGGGCGCGCGAUAGCCUCCAUGUCCUGCAAAUAUUUUUGAAGGGAAAAACUGAUCCCGAAGAAAUCGACCUUGAUAAUUACAUCGGGUGCAGUGAGGGCGUAUUUACCCUUAUCGGGAACAAGUUCUCCCGUGACGCCAACAUGGUCAUGAUAAGAGGGCCAAUGCUUUACGCAAAGCUCCCGUAUGGUGAAGAAGGAAAUUACCGAGAAGCGAAGUUGAACUUAGACUUUUGUCUCUUCUAUGAUGACAAUUCUCAUAAUGUUAGCUUUAUACGCCCGUCGCGAAAAGUCCAACUAAGUUGCAGCAAUUUCAUCUUAGAAAACGGGUCAUUCCUAAAGGCCCUCUGUCUUGGUAAAGACGGCCUACUACACGAAUCCUCAAUCGACCUUAACCAACACUUAGAAGUGGAAAACGGUAAACUUCAGCCAGGUAGUCGGGGAUUUCUACAUCAUGGCGCAAACGGGAAUCAGAGUUUCACUUUGCGCGAUUCUUAUCUUUGUGCUCGUUUAAACGGCCGCCAGACUCAGCGGGGGAUAGAAAUUGUAGAGUCUAUGUUUGACCUUUCCACGCGUCUGGAAAACCUUAAUGGUAGCCUUGACUGGCCUGAACAAUGGCCAAUACUUGGCCGGGACGGGCUUCUUGCCAGAUUGCUAGACCCCUUACCACUUAUUGGCUUUUUCACAGCUUACCUCCAUCGGAUUACCGGCAAUGAGGAUCACGCCGCUCGCGCUUUCUCCAAGGCGUCAGGCGCUACCAUGCUCUUCACAGGUUGUUUAAUUAUUAGUAUUUUCACCGUAAACCCCCUUUCACUAGCUCUAGCAGGCGCCGCCUUAACUCCUCUUGCAAUCGAAAUCGAAAGGCAUAUCGCCGAGGGAACUAUCGAAGAUAAAACCGUUCGAGCCACCAUACAAGCUGAUGCAGGUAGAUACGUUCGCGAUGCAAUUAUAAACAGCCUCGCUGCAGGGGGCGCAGGCAAUUUUAUUAUGCGUUUUAUCAGGCCCCAGAAGGAGGUAUUAAAAGAAAAGGCCAAGGUACUGCUAAAACAGUCUGCGUGGGAAGUCUCCACGGACUAUUUUAGCGAUGAAUGA